AUGGAGAGAGACCUCCUAGCCGCAAACCCCAUCCCUUCAUUGUUAAACCUCUCUCACCAUGUUCCGAAAGUGCCGGGUAUAGACGGCUGUGUUGGAGUUGUGUUGAUCGCUGCCACUUUAUCUGCAUGCAUCUUCGGAGUGCUCAAUGUCCAAGCAUUCCACUAUUUCUCUCGUUUUCCGAAUGACCCCACCUGGCUAAAAGUAACGGUUUCGUUGGUUUGCAUAGUGCAAUUGUUGAGACCCUCUUCGCAAGAUUUCACUGUGGGGACAACCGGAAGCUCUUGGGAAAUCGCACUGAUGUCAUACAUACUUGAGCCUAUCAUUGCUUUAGUUGUUCAGCUUUUUUUCGCUCGCAGGACAUGGCGUUUGAAUCGGAGAACUUGGUUCAUGGGAAUGGUCAUCGUCCUCGUGGCUUUGCUUUCGUUCGGAUUCUCGUCAUCACUCAUGUCCGGUAAAACCCCUUUUAGCACUUGGGGAAUUCGCUUGCAUCACAACUUUCCGCUUGCGCCUUUUUUCAGAGUACGAGAGGUACAAGUUUGUUGGGUACUGUGGGCGAGUAAGACGGGUUUUUCAGAGUUAGUGAUCAUCAUACCGUUUAUGUUCCUCGACGACUCAUCUCAAUUCCCCAGAACUGACCACUUCAUAUCGCGGAUGAUAGUGUGGGUGAUCAAUACAGCAGCACUCACAAGUACUGUAGCCAUUCUGGACGCCGUGACGUUCCUGGCAUAUCCGAACGAAUUAAUUCACGUAGGACUCAACUAUUUGCUUGCAAAGCUUUACACAAGCACGCUUCUUGCAAGUCUAAAUAGACGUCGGAGCCAAGUUGGUCUCACUUGUCCUGGGAGGCCGCAACUCUACGGGAGCUUAAAAUCUGAAUCCGAUGUUGAAAUGCAGAGAUCCGACCUUGCGCGAUUAGGCCUUAAGCCGAUGCCAUCGGCUCUUCUGAACACUUCGACCUCAGCGAAAGAAUUAGCAAGUGGUCCGACUGUGUCAACUGUUGUCUCCGUGUUCGACGAUGAAGUGAUAGGCAGUUUGGCUACCCCAACAAGGAGUUCGAGUAUGAAGUCCAACAAGUCGAGGAACUCCUCCGCUGGACUACCCACGAUCUGGGAUGCCAGCCAUGAUGAGAUAUCGAAUGGGGAGCUUACUUUAGUCCAGAUCAUCAUAGGACGUCGAUCAAAAACAUCUCCAUAG